CUAGAUACAAUUCCAUGCACAAAGCUCCUCACUAUUUUCUCCAAGUUCAUACAAAUUGUCGAGUUCAGAAUACUAUCCCCAAUUAUCUCAGAGAGGGUUUUCGCUGUUCAUGUAUUAGCUAGUAUUUUUGACAAACUUUUGGGAACACUGAAAGAUGCAGCAGGUGGAAUUAGUUCAAUUGUUGCAUCUAACAUGAUUACUUUCACAGUCGGUCGCGUCUCCCAACUAAUAAAGUUAGUGCUAGAGAAUCCUCAUCCAGACACGGAGGUGGAGCAGGAGACAAAGAGUUUACUUCUUAUUUUAGUUAAUCUGGUUGAAGGACAUCGAGAUCUCUCUGGUAUUGUACUGGAUAAGAGCUGCAUAGUUAUUGAACAUGUGGUCAGCAUGCUCAAUGAAUUCACUGGCAUGACACAUUCAAGCUCAGAAGAUCACCAUAUAACAAAGCUUGACAGAGAGAACCAUACAUUAAUUGCAUCCAGAGUUUUGGUUUAUGUAUCCCAACUUCUGAUAACUUACUUUGAAGUGCUGGAUGUUUCCACUACUGGUGCCACCCAAGUCUUUAACAGAAUGAAGCACCUGGUUGAGCACGUGCACCAGUGCAGCUUACUUCCUACUUAUAUCCGCCUAAUAUAUCACCUCUUGUUGCACUUCCAUGCUGCAUAUCAGUGUAUGUGGCUGGAGAUAGGGGAAGAUAUGGUUUCUAAUAGGAAUUUCCGCCUAUCUCGUUGUAGUUCUUUCUCACAUGAUGGUUCCCUUUCCCAGCAUGAAAUUCUUAUUAUUGAUUGUGUGAAGGAAAUUCUGUAUAAAAAAGAUUAUUGGUCGUCUUAUAAGCUUGGAAAAUAUGUUGCAUGUCGUGGUGCAUGGUUGGUAGUUGCCUACAUAUUUGGGGAAUUAAUACCUAUGGUUCAAUCUGAUAUUUGUUGUUCUUGGUUGAAAUCCAUAGCCCAUCUUUCAGAACUGGAAAGGCAAGUCCAGUUGCUUGGGACUACUAUUUCUGGAAAUACUGCUGGGAAAAUUACGACAGUUAAUCACAUUGAAAAUGUUGUCGGGGCCUGCAACAAGCUUUGUUCUUUAGAGAAAGCUUUUGAUGCCUCUGUUUCUGGUCUUACUUAUAGUUUCCAGAGAUGGUUUAUUACUUUAAGAUCAAAGGUUGUUAAAACUGUAGCAGAUGUACUUAAAUUAUUGAGCAUGAAUUCGUUUUCACAAGAAGCCACCACAAGUACUAAACAAAUAGAGGAAAAGAUUUUGUUUCAGCACUUGCAAUCUUCGCAAGGACUCAGCUCUUUGUUGCAAUUGCUUGCCCACGCUUCUUCCCAGUUCAUGAGGCUAGUAAAGGAAUUUGAUCUCUUAGCAACAUCAUGCAUUGGCAUGGACAGAAAAAUUAUGAAGAUAGUUUCUGACCUUGGAUUAAGUUGUUCACUCUUAGCCUUCAGUACCGGUUUAGCAUUUUGUUUUGCCAGUUCCAAUGCUAAACAAGACUGUAGUAUAUAUGGUCUUGAAACCUCAAAGGAGCAAUUUCGUACUCUGCUGGUUCAUGACUUAUUAAGGAGACUGGGGUAUAUAGACUUAGAAACUAGCAAAAAUCUGCGGCAGCUUUUGAAUUUCCGUCGAAGCUCUAGCAGUUGCUCAAUGCAAGAAUUCCAAAAUGAAUUAUCUACUACUCGUGUUGAAGCAAGAGAUGUUUCUAAACUUUGUAGAUAUUUCGUUCAAAGAUUUCUUAAUUUGCAAGCAAGUACCGUACAUGACAAUACUGGUAUAUCCCGAGCUCCUCAUGAUGCUCUGCAGUUGCUGUUCAACAUUAUUUCCUCCUGGAUACAGAUCCCUUUCCGGACUCCGAAACACUUUUUCCAAUUCAGGUCCCCCAUUUCUGCUGAGCUUUUCAUAACAAAUGAAGAUGGUAAAAGGAUGGAUGAUAUAUCUGUCUUGUCAGGCUUUCAGAUCCCUCUAAAUCUGUGCAUUCAACUAAGAAAUAUAUCUCCAGACCAGCAGUCUCAGGUGUCAAAAUUGUGCUGCAUCCUUCACUCACGAACAUCCUUCCAAGUAUUUAGUGCAAACGGGGAUAAGAAAGUUCCAGAGUCCAGCUGUCAAGCUUGGAAAAGUGAUCACAUGGUAGACCUUAAUGACAAGUUAUUGCACUUUACAACAGGUUCUACCAAGAGGAGUGGAUUACAUGCUAUGGAAAGUGCUGAAGGGAUUUAUGCCGUGGAUAAAGUUGUAUUUUUUGAUCCUAAUGAGAAAGGGCAAGGAUUUGCAGCCUGCUUGCUAGAUGUUUCAGCAUUUCCUGUGGGUUCUUACCAAAUCAAAUGGCACAGCUGUUGUAUAGACAAUAAUGGAACUUACUGGAGCCUUAUGCCCCUGAACACUGAUCAGUUCUUCACCGUACAUGAAUCUUCUAAUAUUGGUCCUGUUUUUAGAGUGCCAUAGACUGCAGUUCUUUAGUUAGAGCCAGAAAGAAGUUGUUAAUAGAUAUAUUUAUUGGUAUUUUAUUAUAAUAGAAGAGUGAGAUAAGAUACUGUUUGACAUGUCUGUUUAUUGGAAAUAUUAAUUCAACACUAGAUAGCAAGAGUAACUCAUUGGUAAAACACGAGUACUGAUAACUCUUACAUUUUGGUUAGGAAGCCAAUAAGUUUAGAUUUUUAUGUGUGUCACGAUGUGUUCUAUAAAUCUGACUAUCUAGUGGUUUUCUGUGUUAUCAUGCCAAGGAUAUGUUGCAAUUCUAUUUUCUAACUAGUUUCUAGUUAAUUACUUUAAUUGCUUAGUACACUGCAUAUCUGAUAUUUGAAUGAUGAGUCAGCAUUAGUCGAUACUAAAGUUUUUCUUCUUCUUUUUUUCUGGUGUUUUUAAGACUGAUAACGUGUUACAUUCUACAUUGAAGCAUGGGAGUUGUCACAUCUUGUGCCUAGGCUCUAGGUGCAUAGAAACUUAUUUGUAUUGUAGAUGGUCCAAUACCAAACUAGUCUGAGCAUCCUAGAUGUUUAACGAUUUUGCAAGAUGCUUACAUGGGUUGUGGACGAGCUGAGCAAAGAGAGACUGUAGCUAAUUUGAAGCACUUAGUCAGGAGGAUUUGAAUUGUCUAGGUUACAGCAGUUUCAAUUGAGCAGUCGCUUUCCAAAUGGAAGCACCUAUAGCCCCCACAUGUCAGAAUGGUGUUGGUUUUGGCAAUGGUUGUAGGCGGUUUUGAUCCAGUGGACAAGUUUUUGCCACUGGUUGACAAGAGAAGCUAAGUCGUUUUACAACUAGGUGCUGCCUGCUGCUGCCGAUUUUGUUUGCAGAGAGGACGUGAAAGAGUUUCACCUGCUGAACGAGAUCAGUAGUGAAGUUCUAGUAAGGGAAUUGAAAGAUAUGGAGUUGGGAUAGUGGUAGCUUGAACUACCGCUUGGAUCUUUCCACAAUGACCAAACUUUUGCUAGAAGAUUAACACAACUUGGAAAAGAAAAUGCUGGCUGAAAAGAAAAAGUGAAAAAUUGCAUGUUUUUGUUUUUCAUUUUAUCUUAUUAGGAUGAGCGGUGACACCUGACGAGGGGACUCAUGAGUGGCGAUAUCUUCUAUGUUUGAAUUUCAGCUUAAGAUGUUGAUCCAAUAUUAUUGGAACUUUGUCUGGUCCUUUAAUUAACACUUUCUUUGAAUGGUUGUUACAUAUUGUUUCAUAAUGUAUCGUAUUAUGUAACUUUAUCUGGUCAUAUUGUUUCUAAUUUAUGUGAUUUUCUCCUUCACAUGUUUGUGAGGCGUCGUU